AUGCCAGUACUGAAAGAUAAUGAAAACCGUGUAGAAAUUUUAAAAAAUAGCGAAAACGAUGACGAAGAAGAGGAGGAUGAUGAGGUCAACAAGGAGGAAGAAAACGUAAAGGACGUGGAAUUAAAAGAUUCUCUAACUGAUGCUAACACUGAUGAUUUCUCGGAUGGCAUUUCCAUUAUUAGUGAAAGCGAAAGUGUGGGUCGCAUCUCGCCUCAUCCUUAUCUGAGAGAUCAUUUGCAUGAUUUGAAUUUGAAAUUUACUUUGGGAGAACAUAUGGAUGAUUCUAUUAUUAAUAAAUUAAGAGAGGAAAUGGAUCAUGAUAUUGAACCUUUGGUAGUGCCACAACCUGCUGAACCUGUGUUGGAACAACAGAUACGUCAAAGACGUAGAAGCUCCACAGUUGAGGAGAAAAAUCAAGCUUUACAGAAAGCUUCACAAACUGUAGCUUUACCAAGCGGUUUCUCUCCUCUGUUUAAACGUGGUCUUCAGGGCAUUUUCUAUGUGGGUGUGGGUCUAGCCAUUUUAGCCUUAAUUGGUAAAAUUGUCCAUCCCACCUGGCAGCCUUUGUCUAAAGGAGGUAGUUCUGCAGAUACCUCAGCUGAAUUGGAACAAAAAGUCAAUGACAUGGAAUUGCAAAAUAAUCUAAUGAGAGCCGAAAUUGAUUUACUCAAUAAACAAGUGAAAUAUUUGUCCAGCCUCAAUGAUCCCCAGCAGCAACAUCAACAAAAACAGGGGAAAUAUAAAGACUACAAAGAAGGCAAAACUUUCAAGGCCUGGGCAGGCAAUGGCGAUUCCCUUAAACCGGUGGAGAUCAGCAAACAAGACCUCAGAAAGCCUUAUAAAUGUCCGGAUGGCUCCUUUGUAGAAAUUGCCAAUAUGUGUAUGGAACAGAGUAACUCCAAUGAACCUAAUAUUGUAGAACAAUUUGGCCAUGUGGUAGAGGAUCUUAAGCAACAAUCCGAAGCCUUUAAGACCUUUGAAAAGGUGGCUGAGGAACUGCAAGGUUUCCAGGACAAUCCCUUUGAACAAUUGCAAGAAGUAUUUGCUGAACAGAAGGCCCUAGAAGCCGCUAAAAAGGAAUUUAUAAAAAAUAAACCCAUCUAUGAGACACCACAAGACUAUCAACAAAAUCUGCCACCUAAAGAGAAAUAUCAAAAGUAUAACAACCACAAAGAAGACAGUUACUCCUCUAAACCUUAUAAAACCAAUAAAUAUGAUGAGCAAACCAAACUACCCAAAGAUCAUAAGAAAUCUUUUGGCAAAGAUGACAAGCACAGUAAAGAGUUUAAGAAAUAUCAACACAAUAAUCCUGACAGCACCAAGGACAACUCCAAAGAAUGGCACACGGAUAAAUUCAACAACAACUCCAAAGAAAGAAAAUAUCGCCGAGAUAAUUCUAAAGAUUUUGAUGACUCGCGGGAAAAUUCUAGAGAAAAUCAAUCCAAGGAACGUUUUAAUAAACAACAAAAACGGAGAUAUGAUAAAAGUCGUGAAAAAAGCGAUAAUGAUGACAACAGCGGUGAAUGGCAAGAGAAAUAUAUGAAACAUAGAGAACAAUUGCGUAAACAAAAUGAGCAAAAAUAUCAGAAUAAUAACAAGAACUGGUACAUCAAACGUGGCGACAGUCGUGAACAUAAACGUAGUGGCGAAAAACAAUACAGAUGA